GCCGCGCUGCUCGCAAAUCGCCGCGAGUCUAACUCCCCACACACCCACCACUUUGCCGUUGCUGUUGCUGCUGCCUGGUGCUUGAGGUGCCGCAUAAAAUGUUUUUACGGGCCGCACAAACAAUUGACAUUUUACAUUCGAAUGAAAGGCAAAGAGAGCAAACGGCAAAACGGUAAAUGAAUGAUGAGCAAUGUAAAGCGUCAAGUGCAAAAUACAACAACAACAACAACAACAAUAACGAUAAUAACAAUAACAAAAGUGGAAAAAGAGUGAAAGAAUUGUGCAAAUCAAGAAAUCAGUUACAACAAUAACAACAACAAUUGAAGCGGCGACAACAACAACAACAAGAACAAUUGUUCCACAUGCGGCAUUUAAUCAUGACCCCAACAUCGCUGUCGAUGUCGACGCCAACGCUGUCGUCGCUGCAUCAUCAGCGCAUGUCGCGGUCGCAGCUGCAGUUGACGCUGCAGUCGCAGUCGCAGUCACCAUCGCCGCUAACGCCGCAUUCGGCUUCUCCGUCAUUUUUUGGCAUACCCGGCUCUUCGCCGCAAUUCCCCGCCAACUAUGAGCGCAGCGAAAAAAUAAAACUCAAAAGAGUCUUGGGUCUAACUGUUUGCAGCAAUGCGGCACUCGACGUGUCGCCAGUCAGCGGCCUGCUGGCCUAUCCUGCCGGCUGCACUGUGGUCCUGUUCAAUGCCAAGCGUCACACACAGGCCUAUCUGGUCAAUACCUCCCGCAAAGCCUUCACAUCAGUUGCCUUCUCGCGCUGCGGCCGCUACGUGGCCACCGGCGAGUGCGGCAUCAAUCCUGCCAUCAAAGUCUGGGAACUAGAGACGCCCAAUGGCAAUCUGGAGCAGUGCAGCGGCGGCACAGUCAUAGCCGAGUUUGUAGAUCACAAAUACGCCGUGACCUGUGUGGCAUUCUCGCCCACGGGCAAGUACCUGGUGUCGGUGGGCUCGCAGCACGACAUGAUUGUCAACGUGUUCGACUGGCGGGCCAAUCUGAAAAUGGCAUCCAACAAGAUUAGCUCCAAGGUGGCCGCCGUGUGUUUUGCCGAAGAUGGCAGCUACUUUGUCACCGUGGGCAAUCGACAUGUCAAAUACUGGUAUUUAGAAGGUGGACGCAAGUACAAAGAUCCCAUUCCGCUGAUGGGUCGCAGCGCCAUUUUGGGCGAUCUGCGGGACAAUGACUUCUGUGCCGUCGCCUGCGGCAAGGGCAUCUGCUCGGAGAGCACCUAUGCCAUCACACGGCAGGGGCACCUGGUGGAGUUCAGCUCGCGGCGGCUGCUCGACAAGUGGGUGCAGUGCCGCACCAGCAAUGCCAACUGCAUUUGCGUCAACGAGCGCUUCAUACUCGUUGGCUGCGCCGAGUCCAUCAUACGCAUCUUCAAUGCAUCCACGCUGGAGUACGUGACGACGCUGCCCAGGACACACUACCUGGGCGUGGACGUGGCCCAGGGCAUACAGAUCAAUCACAUUAUGUCUGUGCCCCCGCAAGCCAAGUUCCCAGAUUGUAUUGCCAUGGUCUUUGACGAGCAGCGCUCCAAGGUCAGCUGCGUCUACAACGAUCACUCGCUCUACAUUUGGGAUCUGCGCGACAUAUCGCGAGUGGGCAAGUCCCACUCGUUCCUUUACCACUCCACGUGCAUUUGGGGCGUGGAGACAGUGCCAUAUAAUGUGGAGCGUGAGUCUUCGCAAACGUUGCCCGAGGACUGUUUCGUGACGUGCUCGUCGGACGACACGAUUCGUGUGUGGGGCCUGGACAGUUGUGCCAACAAUGAGAUAUAUCGCAAGAACAUCUAUUCCAAAGAGUUACUCAAGAUCAUCUACAGCGACGAGGAGCUGCAGUACAUCAAGGACCAGGGCUCCUCGCUGUUCGACAAGACGGGCAGCUCCAGCUACGACGGCCGCAACGGCGUGCGCUGCAUUAAGAUUAGUCCAGAUCUGCAGCACUUGGCCAGCGGCGAUCGCUGCGGCAACAUACGCGUCUACAGUCUGCACAACCUGAAGCUGCUGACCACCAUCGAGGCGCACGAGUCGGAGGUGCUAUGCCUGGAGUACUCCAAUGAGAAGAUCGAGCGCAAGCUGCUGGCCAGCGCCAGUCGCGAUCGCCUGAUCCACGUCUUCGAUGUGUCGCAGAACUAUUUGCUGCUGCAGACCCUGGACGAUCACAGCUCGUCGAUCACUUCCAUUAAAUUCGUCGGCGCUGGCCUCAACUUCCAAAUGAUCAGCUGCGGCGCCGACAAGUCCAUAAUGUUCCGAACUUUUCAGGGCAACAUCUUCAUGCGCGGCACGAAUACCUCUGGCAAGACAACGCUGUAUGAUAUGGAGGUGGACUCCAAUGCCAAACAUAUUCUGACCGCUUGCCAGGAUCGCAACGUGCGCGUCUAUGGCACGCAGAAUGCCAAGCAGACAAAGACCUUCAAGGGCUCCCACUCGGACGAGGGCAGCCUGAUCAAGCUUAGCCUCGACCCCAGCGGCAUUUACGUGGCCACCUCCUGCACGGACAAGACGCUCGCCGUCUAUGACUACUACUCCAGCGAGUGCAUGGCGCGCAUGUACGGCCACAGCGAGCUGGUGACGGGGCUGAAGUUCACCAACGACUGUCGCCAUCUGAUUUCAGCCAGCGGCGAUGGCUGCAUCUUCAUCUGGCAGGUGCCGCACGACAUGAUCGUCACGAUGCAGGCGCGCAUGUCCCAGCAGCGUUUGCGCUCGGGCAUUGCGCCGCUGCAGCGCCCCUUGGCGCCCAUUUCGCCGCCCGACGCCAUCGUGGUGGAGUCGCCCAGCAGUGAGCUGGAGCAUCAGCAGCUGGCGCCCAAGUUUGUCGUGGCUGAGGAGCAGCCAGCCAAUCGGCACGCCUAUCGGCUGUCCGACGUGGGCCAGCUGCCGCAGUGGGCUAUGCGCAAGGCGGCCGACUCGGACAGCGGCGCUCUGUCCAUACCCACGCCCAUCAAUACCGCCUUGUCCUCGGCGACCAUGCACGCAGCCUCGUCCAUGGGCAACCUGAGCUCCUCGCCCAGUCAACAGCUGGGCGUGGCGGCGCCUCGUGCCCGUGGACGUUGGGCGCAGCGCAGCAACCAAGCUCUGGAGACAGAGGACAUGCGCUCCAACUCGGAGAGUCCGCUGGGCACAGUGUCCUCCGUGGGCGGGCACAACAUACCAACCUCCGACUACAACAGCGCCUCCUCCAAGGACAUCAUGUACAAUCAGACGUACUUAAGCGAGGACUCGUCCAUUGACUCGGGCAUGGAGACGCGGCGAGAGCUGAAGUUCAUUGGCAGCAACAACAAUGGCACAAUCCCCAACAUCUCAGCAAUUACCUCCAGCACAAAUGCUCCGGCUGCUGGCAGCGUUGCUCAGCAGCGGCUGCAGCUGGACAAGCGCAAGCCCGGCAUGCGCUUCGAUACGCACAGUCACGAUCACGAUGGCGACAUUGAGGACAUAUCGGACGGCGAGCGCACCAGCUCGGAUCACGGCAUGUUCUACAACAACAUGGCACCCAGCACGCCAACUGACUUCAAGGUGACCGCCAUGAAUGAGGAGGAGCUGCGCAAGUCGGUGCGACGACAGAAGUUCGAGAAAUCUGGGCUACAAUUGGCCGCGGCCAGCGGCAAUGGCAGCACCCAUACGGCGAGCACCGGCACAGGCACUGGCACAUCGGAUACGGAGGAUGAGGGCUCGACGCCCAGUGCGGAGAAUGCGGAGCGCUCGCUGGCCUCGACGUUGGGCGGCAGCUCAGAGAAUUUGCCACAGAGCGGCAAUAGCUUCUUGCAUGCGGCACUGCCCGAGGGACCGGGACUGCUGCUGGAGCGCGGCACAAGCAGUCGUCGCAGCAUCAGCGCCAAGCACAACAAUGAGAAUGGAAAGGUCUCGGCGCCGCCCACCAUUACGAAGUCAUACACGAGCACCAAGAAAGAGGAAUUGCUGCAGGUCAUCAACAAGGUCAAACAGCAGCUGGAGAAUGGUACGCACAAAAAUGGCAUUAAAAAGUUAAAUACCAUUGCUGAGGUCGGCCAUAGACCACUGCGUGGCAGCCAUAGCAUAUCGGAUCUAAGUCUAGCUGCGAACUUCGAUGGAUCGCGCAGCGCGGGACCCUCGCGCUAUACGAAGCCAGUUGAUUCCCCCGAUAAUUCACAGUAUAUUAGAUCAAAUGCGGCAACUGCUGCGCAACAGCAACAGCAACAACAACAGCAGCAGCAGCAGAAGCCGCCUCAACAACAAUAUCCUCAGCCCUACGGCUGCCCUGUGCCGCAGUUCUUUAACAGCGCCGCCUCCAAGUCGAAGCUGCAGCAGAACUUUCAGACCAUGCGCCAGGUGCAGCAGCACUAUCCGCCCUAUCCGCAUCAUGUGGGCGUUCACCAGAUCCAUCCGCCGCCGGGCGUGCCCUUUAGCCAUGGCCCCGGCUCGUAUGUAACGUCGAGGCAGGCCACGGCGCAGACCACGCCUCGGCCGAGUGCUGCCAAACGCAAUCCGGCGGGCAACAAUCGUCGCACGCCGAGCAUUCUCAAGCACUACAAGUCGUGUCCCGUAUCGCCGGUGCACGAGGAGGUGGAGUGGUCGAUGGAGGCGGAGCGAGCGGCGCCAGUGGAGCCCAAGCGGCACUCGGUCUAUGCCGACGAUGCGCGCACAAUUCUGGACAUGAUUCAUGCGGACACCGAGAAGAUGAUCGAUGAGAUAACGCGCAAAUACGGCGAUCUCGAUGAGCCCGCCAGAUACCCCGCGCUGCCCGCCUCCUGCUCCAUGCCGGCCAAUCUGCGCGCCCUGGACAGCGCCAGCGGCAGAUCGACGCCAACGGCGACGCCGCCGCGCGCGCAGUACUACGUCUACCGAGAGAUCUAUCAGUGCGAGCGCAAGGUCUCGCUCUCGGACAUACUGAAGCCGGAGCAGUUCGCCGACACCCAGCAGCGGCUCGAGGAGGCGCGCUUCCUGGAGACGCAGCGCCACUCGAGCGCCAGCUUCUUCCUGAGCAGCUCGGGCCAGCUGCCGCAUGAGCUCAGCCAGGAGUCGCUGCUCUCCGAUGGCGGCAGCUACUGCAACAGUCUCGAGAGCGUGCUCUCUGACGAGAGCGACUGCAAGAGCGCGCCGCUCGAUCCGCCCUCGCUGGAGCCGCACCGGCCGCUGCAGGCGAUGCAGUGCCAUGCGGGCAUACGGAACUUCAUUUUGCACGGACCCGUGUCCAAGUCGUAUGGCAGCAGUCCGAAUGCCUACGGCAGCUUCGACUACUACAUGCGGCAGGAGACGGCGGCUGCAGCCUCGGCGGCCACCUACGACAGCUUCGAUGUCACUGGCUACAACCUGAAGCCGCUCACUCCGCUGCCCAGCUCGAAAACCUAUCCACGUCUCGCCUCAGUGCCAGGAGGAGGAGCUGGAGCAGGAGCUGGAGCUGGAGCAGGAGCAGGUGCAGCCACUGUGGAGCACAUACCCUCGAUGCGCUCGAAGAACAAGCAGUACACGUCGAGCGUGAACAAGAGUCUCAGCACAGACUUUGCCCAGCAGCGGCUGCAGCAGCAGCGCAGCUCGAAUCCUCUGGCGCAGUCGCAAGGGCCGCAGGGCCAGUCGGGCAAUCAGCUGAUGUUUGUGCGCAAGCAGCUCAAGUCGUCGAAGCCACCCAUACCGGCCAAGCCGCACAAUCUGGUCUCCACGCUCACGUGCAAUGUGGAGAAGAGCCAGGCGGGCGUGGGCACGUCGAGGACGGCCACGGUGGUGCGACAGUUUGAGCACAAUCUGCUCAAGUUCGAGCGGGAGAAGCAGCGCACGCAGCAACGCACUCAGCCCCGGCCCACGGCGUCGGCCAUGAGGAAUUCGGUGAGCAGCGGCGCCCUGGCGACGCACAGCUGCCUGAAGAAGGUGUCGCGCUUCGACACCAGCGAGAGCAGCCGUCGGGCCACGAGCGUGCGCCAGAAGUCGCGGCCGAAGAUCAGCGUGCGCUUCAAUACCGUUUCGCAAAUCAAGUAUACGCCCAGUGCGAAGAGGGAGCAAGCCCAUCUGAAUGACAUCAAUAGCAAUGCAGUUGAGUCGGAAACGGAGACGGAGCUGGAGGCGGAGGCGGAGGCGCCUCUGGUGGGCAGUCUGCCCAGCGAUUAUGGUGGGGAGCGGAGCUUCGAGAUGUUCUUUGCCGAGAAUGGAAAUGCGCCCGAGAACAUGGAGAAUAUGCAGAGUCUGAAGCUGUAUAAGAAGCCCGAGCUGCAGGCUGUGGUCGACGACAUCCAGCAGGAGCGGGCCAAGCAGAAAAAGAAUAGGGAUAAUGUGGAGCGAUCGAGUGGUGGUAAUGGUGGUGGUGGAGCCAACUCCACCAGCAAUCAGUGCCAGGACAUAGCCAAGAAAAUAGACAUUAUUGAGAAACUGAUAGCCAUGGAGGAGCGCAAGAUUGAGCAGAUCAGAAAGGCCACCGAGACACGCUUGCGUCCCUUUGCCUGCAACUCGAAGGAAAAGGGUUACGUGAAGAGUUUGACGAUGAAUUUCGAUAUGCUGGCGCGUGCCCAGGACCAGCAGUCGCAGCUCUCCGCCGAUCAGCUGGCGCCGAGUGAUGCGGAUCUCUGUGCGUAUGCGCGUCACAUACGCCGGAAUUGCAGCUUGCCGGAUGUCUUGGAGAGCUCCGACUUUGGCUACCAUCGCACGCACAGCAAUGCCAACGGCAAUGGCGAUCGCGAUGGCGAUGGCGAUGGCAAUGAUGUGGAGCUGGCCAAGGAGGUGAUUGCCGACGAUGAUGACGAUGAUGGCAUCGAAUUCAGGCAUCGCGAUGCGGAAGGUGAUCAAGUGAAUGCCAAAGGCGAUGCUCAUCAGGGGCUGAUCAUCGAUCGUCUACAAGGUAAUCCCAAGUUGCUCAAUCCCAUACCCAUUGAGGAGUCGUCCAUUCGUCGCGCCUGCUCGCUGAGUGAUCUGCAUAUGGGAAACUUUGGCAAGCCCAGCAAAUCCAAUGGCACGCCCCAGAAGCCAGUGGCCCAGCAUCGCAACGGCAACGUGACUCGCUCGGCCAGCAAGCGGAACAGUCUGCAGGGCAAAUCGGCCCUCGGCGCGUCCAGCAACUCCAUGAACGUACUCAAUCAAGUGAGCGAUUCGGAGGCAGAAGACAUCAAUCGAUUGCGGAGUGCGGGCAGUGGACAAGGACGCAACAAUGGAGCCAUUGCUACCUCACGACAGUACAGCAACAAAAACCCCAACACCAACAGCAAUCGACGCAAGGCUCCAAGUUUCAGCAGCGGCACAAACAUGCAGGACGACUCCAGCUCCGAGGAGACACCCAACAUGGCUGCGGGCAAUAAGCCAGUGGUGCCGCCCAGGCCCCGUAAUUUGGGCUUCGAUCACAAGAGCAAAGUGAACAACAACGCGCCCAAUGCGGCCACGCCCAAGCAACGAGCGGGAGGACUCGGGGAUGACUACGAAACGGCUGAAUCUGAGGCCCUGGUGCACAAUGUGAUCAACAAGUUGUAUACAACGACGCAGUCGGCAAUGCAGCUGCAUGCGAAUCUGAAGAACUCGUUGUUACUGAAGGAAUUGGAAAAUGCUGUGAUUAUGUCCCGGAAUAUGCUUGACAGUAUAACUCACAAUCGACAAAACGAUAAAUCGCCCUCGGGCCAGGGCUAUAAUGUUAGCAGUGGAACGGCUGGCGGCGACAUUGGAGAUGUUAACAAUCGUGAACAGAUAUCAGGAACAGGCAAUCUGGAGAAUGGCGAUUAUCUUAUGAUGGUGAACAACUGUGCCGAUCUAUUGAGCAAUUUACGCACUAAGCACAAACCCGACGACUGUGAGAAUAACUCCUAGUGUGUAGCGUUUAUAUUAGGCUAAAAACAACAAAUGGCAAAAGCAAACCAACUAAAUGGAUUAAAACCGAACUAAUAUUUAUUAAAUUUAAACUCUUCCAAAACAACACUAAAACUGGCAAAUGGCAAACGACAAACUAAAAUACCAACUUAAUUGUAAUUGAUAUCUAUAUGCUAUAUUAUAUAUAAAUACGCAUUAAUAGCUAUUGUAAA